UUGUGCACUGAGGUCCAAAAGCCGUAGAUGUUAUAACGUGACUGGCCCGGCCCGCUGUUUAUAAGGUGGAAAAGCGGACGUGACGACAGCCUGUCCUCACUCAGGUUCGGCUGGAAAUCGGGACAAAUUUGGCAGAAUGGUUGUCCCAGGAGAUUUUCGGGACAGGCACUGAGAUUCCUUCCACACGGGUGAUGGACCGGCUUCCUGUAGUGGUGGUCCAUGGGGGCGCAGGCAAUAUUCCAAAUGAGCGGUCAGAGAAGUCCCGUUCAGGGGUUUGCUCAGCUGCGCGAGCUGGGUAUGUUAUCUUACAAAAGGGGGGCAGCAGCAUGGAUGCUGUGGUCGAAGCCGUGACCCAGCUGGAGAAUAACCCCGUCUUCAAUGCAGGAUGUGGGUCAGUGCUGACCGCUUGUGGGGAGGUGGAGAUGGAUGCAAUUGUGAUGGAUGGAAAAACUCUGGCUAGUGGUGCAGUUUCUGCUGUACGCAAUAUAGCCAAUCCUGUCCAGCUAGCAAGGCUGGUUAUGGAAAAGACAAGUCAUGUCUGUCUAACAGCACAUGGUGCAAAUCAGUUUGCUCGCGUCAUGGGCAUCCCAGAGGUCCCCCAAGAAUCCCUCAUCACUGAAUACUCCCGAAUGCGUUGGAAAAAGAACCUGGCACCUGAUGCCAACCCUGUGGAGUGCCAAAUGGGAAAGAUGGGAACUGUUGGAGCUGUGGCAGUUGAUAUCGAUGGCAAUGUAGCGUGUGCAACCUCUACUGGUGGGCUUCUCAAUAAGAUGGAAGGACGUGUUGGUGACACAUCCUGCAUAGGGUGUGGAGGAUAUGCUGACAAUCAGGUUGGAGCAGUGUCAACCACAGGCCAUGGGGAGGCCAUUAUGACCGUUACACUUGCCAGACUCAUCCUGUUUCACAUGGAGCAAGGUCAAUCAGUAGAGGCAGCCAGCGACUUGGCCCUGGCUUACAUGAAGUCCAGAGUGCAGGGACUGGGCGGUGUGGUGACAUUGGAUCCUCAGGGUCAUUGGGCCGCUCGCUGCUCCAGUCUUCAACUGGCAUGGGCUGCAGUCCAGAAGGACACGCUACACUACGGCAUAAACAGCGGGGAGCACUUUACCCAAGGCCUUGAUGAGCCCCACUGACAAUUGGAGGCUAAUCACAAACAUCUUUAACUAUGGCUUGUAAUAAUCUUUAACUUUUAUCAGUAGUCAAUUUUAACUUUCAUUAGUAAUCGUUUUUCAAGUACCAAUAGAGUCGAAAAACAAGUUGCCUCUAAAUUAAUGCUAUUAUCAUAUAUAUCUGAUGUAUGACACCAAAAGACUUUCAAAGUUUACGAGUAAAUAGAUAUGAUCAAAAUAGUGUCAAUCUCAUGGAGAUUCCCAAGCCAUUUUGGGAGAAAAUGAGCCAGCCAGUCACGUGAUCGUGUGACGUAGAGGUAGGAACCGCAGACCUUUUCAUCACCAACAACAAUGCAAAUAAUGCUGACUUUGUGAGAGCCAACAACGAUUACCUUGGGAAAAAUUAUGAUCAGAAACUUAUAUUGUUGUUCCUGAAUAUAAAAAGGAUGAGCUACAAGUUCUAGAAGCUCUGCUAAACAGAUCCAGCUUUAGUAAAACACUAAGCAUCAUGAAGCAGUAUUCCUAAGUGCUAAACAAUAAAUACAAACUACAAACAUAAUAAAACGAUAGCUUACUGUACAAUGUCUGCUCUCACUGCGAUGACGACUGAUAGGAUGUCCAUAUCUAACCGUUUGAAUGUAGAGUUAAUCAUGAUGCACACAAAGGGUUAGCAAGGAAGUCACACUGCUGACACUGUCUUCGGUUAUGUGUUUUGUCUCCAUAAUAUCCAACUGAGAGGCAUGAUUUAUAAUCUUUAAUAACUUUGACGAGCCGAGAUGCGAUGAUGCGGGAGCAGCAGGAUAUCGCUGCUGGCUCACAGGAAAGCAGCAGAGGGCUAUUUAGCUGUGCGUUAUCUGCCAUCAAAAAUAGUUUGUCUGUUUUAGCGCUUGUAAUGUGAAAAUCGCUAAUAUUUGGUUAAUAUUCAGGUCAGGAUAUGCAUAUAGAGUAUGGUUGACAAGUUUUGGAUGGUUAUUUAGAGGGUUUUGUGGGUAGAAUAGAGAGCUCCGAGCAUUGAUGGACUUUUUAUGAAUUUAUUUAUCUAUGACUUACAAUUCAUAAAAAAGAGAAAACUAUAUGUAUUUCCAUUAUGACUGAUCAGAUACUACGGUCAAAGUGCAGAAGUGUUCCUCCAGUGACAUCAAUCUACGCAAAUUACCGAAGACGUUCAGAGCAGAAUAUUCAAAAUGUGUGACUGAAUUUGUGGCAUUUUGUGAUUUUCCACUCUACUGGUACUUUAACUUUCAUUAGUAAUCAUUACCUUUGACUAGUACUCACAAAAAGUUGUUAAAGAUGACAUUCUAAUAAAGAUUUUAGAAAAACUA